UCACCGACGCAAUGGAUACCAGAAUUAUAAAACGUUUAACAGUCGGGGUUUUUGAUGGAUAUGAUUUUGACUGUAAACUUGUGAAUGGUGCGUACACCGGCUAUACCAUUGAAAUUAUGAAAUUAGUGCAAGAAUUCAACAUAAGCAUUCAUUACCGCAAAAUUAAUUAUCUACAGAAUGUCACAGAACCGCUAUUAACAAAUGAGAUAGAUAUAUUUGGCUGUCAUCCUGACUACAAGUUUACUUCACGUUUGGGAAUAGCUCCACUUACUCGCACUCUACAAAGCAACUAUGUUUUAAUAUACGACCCGAACAAGCUUAAUUUCACCAAAGACAUAUUCAUCUUAACUUUCGCCGGGACAUUAUGGAUUUGCUUUCUGAUAGCUCUUAUAAUCCUCGCAUUUUGCUUGCAUCUGUCGAUGAAACAGUACUCUCGCUUAGAUUUGAAAUACGAACCAUGGUCGUGGGUGGACAUCACCCUGUGGGGUAACGCGGCAGCAUGCCAACAAGGUUUGAGUCAUACUCCUCGCGGUUUCGCAAGUCGUGCAAUAUUCUUUCUGGGAUAUUUAAUAUCCUAUUUACUAUAUACCGGUUUCGCGGCCGGAAUCACCUCCUUGCUACUGCAGCAAGGUAUGGGCAAGCGCAUAACUGCAAACGACAUUCAAAAGAUGGACAUACGAAUUGUGACCCUAAAAGGCUUGGACUAUUACAGGGCUGAAUCCAAAAGUGACAUCUUAGAAGUCGGUAGUGUUGGUGAUAUAUUUUCACAUAUUAAUCGCCAGAACAUAGUUGGAAUCAUUCCCCAGCUCCUAGUGGAGCAGUACUACGCCCAGCGUCUAAAUAAUAACUUGUCCCAAACGUACGCAUCAACUAAAUUAUCCGAGGUUCGAUUCGCAAGGAGUUUUUUAAUGCGAAAAGGUGCAGUGUACAGAACCAUAAACCGAAUAUUGCUAAAGUUGAAGCAGACUGGCUUAUUGGCAAAGAUCUUGAAGGAAAAUCUACUAACUUCGCCAAUUGCAACAAACCUAUCGCGAUAUUCUAGUGCGGGGAUUGAACACGUUGGAUCUGCGAUAAUGAUUUUGGUUGUUGGUAGUAUGAUUUCAAUGAUUUUUCUUGUGUUUGAACUGAUAUUUGCCCUUUAUAGUGGUAGAUUAUAGUAGACCAUCCUAAAAAAUGUUUAAUAACUCAUUUAGAUUAAUUAGCACUUCAAUUCUUUUCUGUCUUCUUUUAACAAUCUUUAACUGUCGUCCGUGCAUGGUUAAGUUCUGGAGCGUUUCUUUAGUCUUAAUGUCACUGUAUAAGUACCUACUUUAUGUAAGAGAUUUCGGCAUGUUAUUUUUCACAAAUGGGAAAGAAGUGGGGUCGCUUUGAAUUCUAUUUGAGCUGGCCAUUCUUUGGCUUAUCAAAUGUUACAGUAUAAAAUUAACGUCGGAUUUAUUAAAAUCCACAAGUUACUUCCUCGGGUUGUUAAUUUUUGUAUAAUGUAGAUAUUGUAGAUAUGAUGUAAAAUGUGUGUUUAGUGUUUUUCACAGUUAUCUCUCUUACCUCAGAUUUCUCUCUAUACUUACCCUCUGCGAACAGUGAUUCGGAAUUUUCUUUGUUUCUGUUCUUUUUCAAGGGGUGGCAUUUCCAUGCAUUUGAAUGUGUUUUUUACACUUUUGAUAAAUUAUUCAAUAAACUUUCUUUUCAAAUUCAACAAUUAGUGUGUUAUUGGUAUUCCGCGCACCUUUCCGGUAAUAAACUUAAAUGGAUAUGUGAGUGAAACCUGGUCUUUAACAGUGUAGGGAAUCCAGGGGAUUUUCAUAACGAAGCAUGGGGAGAAAAUUAACGGGGCUUAACGGGAUGGUGUCGACAUGGCAUCGCGCGUUCUUGGGUUUAUAUAUUUUGUUUUUUCUGAGCUUCUCUUUUGCAUUUUGUUUGUAGUUAAUUUAUUUCGUGUUUGUGGUUGGUUCAUUAUGCCAGGUUUUUGGCCCAUAAAAGGUUUUACUGGUAUCGCCUUGUUGUGUGUUUAUAAUAUAUUUUAUUUGUUCUUGUCUUGUCUUCUCUUACGCAAAAUUCUGCAUGUUAUUCAAUUCCCUUCCCGAUUAUAUCUCACGUCCUCACAUAAAACUAGAUUACACAUAACGUAGGAAUUCAUUCGUGUCAUCCAUAUCGAACCGACACUACCGAGAUUCAAAAGGGCCAAAAAACGUCCGUCGAACAUUACAGCACCAUUGGAAAUAAACGUUGGCAGAGAAGAAAAGUUUACAAUUUUAAGGUAAGCUCUGGCGAGACUCAGUUAUUCUUAAUCCAGUAGUGGCCUAACUGAACAUGAAAAGUGGCGAGCCGCGUAUAGGGACACAUUAUCAGCACUUCCUCUGCAGUUUAGCUAAUUUUAGUGUAUUAUUGAUGGUAUGGGUAGGUCUCUUCGAAUUCAUGAAAGAUGGCUG